AUGUCCCCCAAACCCAAAACCCCCGCCGAGUCCCUCCGCCUCGCCUGCCGCGCCAACACGCACACAACCAGCACCUCCCUCCUCGCGCCCACAAUCCAAGCCAACCUCCUCGUCCUCCCCACCCGCUACGCCCCCUCCUUCCGCGCCCUCUGCGCCCGCAACCCCGUCUCCUGCCCCCUCCUCUGGACCACCCCGCCCGGCACGGCCACAACCCCGCUCGCGGCGGGCGCCGACCUCCGCACCGACCUGCCGAAAUACAACAUCUACGUCGACGGGGUCCUGCAGAGCCCCCGCGGCGUGCUGGACAUCAGGGAGGAGUGGUCGGGCGACCAUGUCGGCUUCCUGAUCGGCUGCUCGUACUCGUUCGAGACGGCGCUCGAGCGCGCGGGGCUGCCGCCGAAGCAUACGCUGUGUGUGCCGGCAAGGACGGUGCCCAUGUUCCGGACGACGGUGCCGCUGUGUCCGGCGGGGGUGUUUACGGGCGGGGUGAUGGUGGUGUCGAUGCGGGCCUAUCCGGCGGGGAGGGUCGAGGAGGUGAGGGACAUUACGAGGCGGUUUGGGAGGCAGCACGGGGAGCCGGUUGCGUGGGGGUGGGAGGGCGCGGAGAGGUUGGGGAUUGCGGAGAAGGUGAGGGGUGGGAAGGUGGACUUUGGGGAGUGGGUGGAGGUGGGCGAGGGGGAGGUGCCGGUGUUCUGGGGGUGUGGGGUCACGCCGCAGGUGGCGGUCAUGGAGAGCAGGAUUGAGGGGGUGGUGUUGAGCCAUUUCCCGGGGUGCAUGUUUGUGAGCGAUGUGCCGGCGGAGGAUGAGGCGGGGCUGGAGUCUGUGAUCAAGAUUCUGGAUGUUGCGGAGGAGGUGUGCGGAGGGGGCGAGGAUUAG